GCCGCAUGUCCAUGGGCCAGCUCAUCCCAGCCAGCCUCACUUCAUUCCGCAAUUCUCACUGGUCCGGAAACGAUCAAGGAAUCAUGCGCCUGCUUCAUCUCGUGUUGGCCUUCGCGGUCUCGCUGGCUGUUAUCAGCAAUGGCAUCGCAGUCACCACGGCGAAGUCGAUCCAAGACCCGGACCCCAGCCACCAGGUACUCACCCGUGAGUUAUCAGUCGAUGAUGCGACUGCAAAGGAGGAGGAGAGAGGAAAACGCGGUGGUGGGGGAGGCGGACGACCGACAUCAACCGGGGGGCAAAUUCACGGAACCCAUACCAGCAUCGGACUCAUGUACCCGAACGAACUUUCUCGCCGCAAGUACAAGAAGAAAUGCAAUCGGUUCACGAACUGGUGGAAGAGGCUCUUUGACAAGAGCGUGAAAAAGUGCCCCAAGAAGGGCGAAGGGGACGAGGAGGAAGAAACCCUCACCCGGCGACUUCGGGCUUAAGCUACGAAAGCGACGUGGGGUGAUACUCACCUCAUGAUGCAGUAAAUUUACUGAUACUGUUCGUCAAAACAUUUUGAAGCGACCC